CUUAAAAAGUCAAAUCCAAAGAAAAUAUAAAAAAAUUGAACACCAAAAAGUAGAUUCAUUCAUUCAUGAUAAUUCAUUUAGAGCCACACAAUAGCAAAAUUCAUCUAUAGUUCAUAAUAGUGUAAUCAUCUUGAUAAACCCUUAAUUUAAAACAAGAAAAAAAAAAUCAUAUUCCUGAUUCUUGUGUUAGGCACACGAUUCAAUAAAGUCUAAUCCUCUUACUAAUAACCAUUAUUAAAGAGUUGCAGAGCUAUUCAUGGUGGUACUAAGUUUCCAACCAGUCCAGUUAGGAGCCAAUAUUACACAUCAUAGAUAUGAAAAUGGCGGAAGAAAUAGAAGAAUGGUGAUGAUUUGUAUGCCUAGAUGUGGGAUUGCAGAGCCAAAUGGGGUGCCAGCUCCUAUGGGACAGAAAACUUUGUAUAAAGAUGGGUUUUUUGAAAAGAUUUUUAUGACACUUUUUGCUAAGAAAAUGGAGAAAUAUGCAGUAUCUUCUGGGAAGAGAAAGGAGGAUAAGGAUGGGUUGUUUAAGUAUGAUUAUGAAGGUUUUGUGGAUGUGUCUAAAAGAGUAAUGCAGGGAAGAUCACGCUCACAGCAACAGGAAGUUGUUAGAGAAGUUCUUUUGUCUAUGCUCCCUCCUGGUGCCCCUACUCAGUUCAGAAAAUUGUUUCCGCCAACAAAAUGGGCAGCCGAGUUCAAUGCAGCUCUCACUGUGCCUUUCUUCCAUUGGCUUGUUGGACCUUCUGAGGUUAUAGAAGUGGAAGUAAAUGGAGUAAAGCAAAAAAGUGGUGUGCUAAUAAAAAAGUGCAGGUACUUAGAGAACAGUGGGUGUGUAGGAAUGUGUGUGAAUAUGUGCAAAAUUCCAACACAAGACUUCUUCACCAAUGAAUUUGGACUUCCUUUAACAAUGAAUCCGAAUUUUGAAGAUAUGAGCUGUGAAAUGAUUUAUGGGCAAGUUCCACCAACCUUUGAAGAAGAUGCAGUUUCAAAGCAGGCUUGUUUUAAGGAUCUAUGUUCCAUGGCUAAUUCAAAUUCAACAAUUUGUCCCAAAUUACAGUCAUAACUAAGAGAAUUAUAUUACUUUACUUGAUUGAAGUUGUUUCAUUUUAAUUGAUACUCCCUCUUACCUCUUAAAACUCGAUAAAGCUCGCAGAUCGCAUUGAGAGCUUUACGAGUUUGUAGCAAAUUCAAAAGCAAAGCGAGAAAUAUCUAGCAUGCUAGCAGGAACUAUAUGUGCUUACCUAUCUAUAUUUAGUCAUUGUUAAAUAUAGAAUAUAGUAAAUAACACAAUAUUACAUUUACACACAUAUAACAGCAAAAGUUCUCUGUAUAUCAUCCUCAGAAUUUUGCUCCUGUAUGGAAAUUUUUCAUUGAUUCUACAACUACUACUCUAUAUA